AUGUCGACUUAUCCUGUUAAAGUUAAUUACUCUAACAAGCUGAUGAACGAUCUGUGGAACGAUAUAGCACCUGGGUUUUACAACUACGGCAGAAUAUCACCUGAUGCAGAUGUCGAUACCAUCCCGGACUUGAAAAAGGCAAACGAGGAUAUGAUAGAGUAUAUCAUCUCAAACCAGGGGAUAGGACCAGACUCCAGGAUCCUGGACUUGGGAUGUGGGAAAGGGAUGUACACCGUGGGAAUUGCUAAACGCACGGGGUGUCACUUUGUAGGGACUGAUAUCAACCCGAAGUAUAUCGAGGAGUGUGAGGAUCUGGCUAAGUCCCACGGAGUCAGCCAUCAAGGAAAGUUCCUGACCAGCUCCAUCCUGGAUGCUGCUCCUGAGAUUAAGGAGCAGACCUACACUCACAUCAUUAUUCUGGGGGCUAUGCUUUACGCACAUGGGGACCUGGAAGCGUUCCUGACUGAACUCGUUGGUUACUGUGACAAGGACACCAAAAUAUUUAUUUGGGAUUUUGUCAGGAAGGUAGACUGGAAGCUCUGCAAGGAAGCAAACAGGCACCUCAAAAUGCCCCACUCGCUCCUCACAAAUGAGAAAUUCUGGAUCAUUUUAAGAAAGCAGAUCUGGAUCUGGUGGAGUUCGAGGACGCGACAAAGUUCAUUAUACCAGGGUAUAAAGUUAUGA